GCGGCGCGGGCGGCCCCGUGCGGCCCCUCAGAGCCGGGGCGGCGGCCAAGAUGGCGGCGGCGGACGGAGAUGACUCGCUGUACCCCAUCGCCGUCCUCAUCGACGAGCUCCGCAACGAGGACGUGCAGCUGCGGCUCAACAGCAUCAAGAAGCUCUCGACCAUCGCGCUGGCGCUGGGGGUGGAGAGGACCCGCAGUGAGCUCCUGCCCUUCCUCACCGACACAAUCUAUGAUGAGGACGAGGUGCUCUUGGCGCUCGCGGAGCAGCUCGGGACCUUCACUGCCCUCGUGGGGGGACCUGAGUUUGUGCACUGCCUGCUGCCCCCCCUGGAGAGCCUGGCCACGGUGGAGGAGACGGUGGUGCGGGACAAGGCGGUGGAGUCCCUGCGGGCCGUGUCCCACGAGCACUCGCCCCCCGACCUCGAGGGGCACUUCGUGCCGCUGGUGAAGCGCCUGGCGGGGGGCGACUGGUUCACGUCGCGCACCUCGGCCUGCGGCCUCUUCAGCGUCUGCUACCCCCGCGUGUCCAGCCCCGUCAAGGCCGAGCUGCGCCAGUACUUCCGGAACCUGUGCUCGGACGACACGCCCAUGGUGCGCCGCGCCGCCGCCUCCAAGCUGGGCGAGUUCGCCAAGGUACUGGAGCUGGAGCACGUCAAGAGCGAGAUCAUCCCCAUGUUCUCCAACCUGGCCUCCGACGAGCAGGUGGGCACACCUGGGCACACCUGGGGGGCGCUGUGGGUACCUCAGGGACACCUGGGCACACCUGGGGGCACAUGUGGGUACCUUAGGCACACCUGGGCACACCUGGGGGCACCUGUGGGUACCUCAGGCACACCUGGGCACACCUGGGGGCACCUGUGGGUACCUCAGGCACACCUGGGCACAUCUGGGGGGCGCUGUGGGUACCUCAGGGACACCUGGGUACAUCUGGGGGGUGCUGUGGGUACCUCAGGGACACCUGGGCACACCUGGGGGCACCUGUGGGUACCUCAGGCACACCUGGGCACACCUGGGCACACCUGGGGGGCACUGUGGGUACCUCAGGGAUACCUGGGCACACCUGGGGGUUGCUGUGGGUACCUCAGGGAUACCUGGGCACACCUGGGAGGCACCUGUGGGUACCUGCAAGUACCUGGGGGCAGCUGUGGCCACGUACAGGUACCUGGGGGGGGCAGCUGUGGGCACAUACGGGUACCUGGGGGUCACCUGUCCCUCCCCUGCCCCACCUGUCCCCCGUGCCCGCAGGACUCCGUGCGCCUGCUGGCGGUCGAGGCCUGUGUGAGCAUCGCGCAGCUGCUGCCGCAGGAGGAGCUGGAGGGGCUGGUGAUGCCCACCCUGCGCCAGGCGGCCGAGGACAAGUCCUGGCGCGUGCGGUACAUGGUGGCCGACAAAUUCACCGAGCUCCAGCGCGCGGUGGGGCCCGAGAUCACCAAGACCGACCUGGUGGGCGCCUUCCAGAGCCUGAUGAAGGACUGCGAGGCCGAGGUGCGGGCGGCGGCCUCACACAAGGUCAAAGAGUUCUGUGAGAACCUGUCCCCAGACUGUCGCGAGGCCGUGAUCAUGGGCCAGAUCCUGCCCUGCAUCAAGGAGCUGGUGUCUGACGCCAACCAGCACGUGAAGUCGGCGCUGGCCUCGGUGAUCAUGGGGCUGUCCCCGAUCCUGGGCAAGGACAACACGGUGGAGCACCUGCUGCCCCUGUUCCUGGCACAGCUCAAGGACGAGUGCCCCGAGGUGCGGCUGAACAUCAUCUCCAACCUGGACUGCGUGAACGAGGUGAUCGGGAUCCGGCAGCUGUCCCAGUCCCUGCUGCCCGCCAUCGUGGAGCUGGCCGAGGACGCCAAGUGGAGGGUGCGCCUGGCCAUCAUCGAGUACAUGCCGCUGCUGGCCGGGCAACUGGGCGUGGAGUUCUUCGAUGAGAAGCUGAACUCGCUCUGCAUGGCCUGGCUGGUGGAUCACGUGUAUGCCAUCCGUGAGGCCGCCACCAGUAACCUGCGCAAGCUGGUGGAGCGGUUCGGGCACACCUGGGCCCAGGGCACCAUCGUGCCCAAGGUGUUGGCCAUGGCCGCCGACCCCAACUACCUGCACCGCAUGACCACGCUCUUCUGCAUCAACGUGCUGUCCGAGGUGUGUGGGCAGGAGGUGACCACGCAGCAGAUGCUGCCCACGGUGCUGCGCAUGGCGGCCGACGCCGUGGCCAACGUGAGGUUCAACGUGGCCAAGUCGCUGCAGCGCAUCGGGCCCAUCCUGGACAGCGGGACGCUGCAGACGGAAGUGAAGCCGGUGCUGGAGAAGUUGACGCAGGACCAGGACGUCGACGUCAAGUAUUUCGCACAGGAGGCACUGACAGUGCUGGCCUUGGCCUGACCCCCCCGGGACUCCCCCCGCAUGUGACCGGCGCUGUGACCCCCCCCCGGUGUCACCCCCACUCCUUUCGGUGUCCCCUCCCCCCCCCGGGGGUGUCACUGUGUCCCCACCUCCCCUUCCCCCCCUUUCCCAAGCUGUUAAUUAAUUAAUUACUGGUUAUUUCGCCGUUAAUAAAAACCACAACGAGGGUC